CAUCCCCCCAGGAGAGGGCAGCAUGAGCACCCUGAUGUUCCCCACUCUCUCCUGGGGCAGGUACGACCCAUCCCACAGCUACGUCCAGCUGGGCAGCCGGAGACUCGGCCACGGGACCUACAAAGAGCAGAUCAUCUUUGUGUAUCGGGCGGACCUGGUGACGGUCACAGACUGGUACCAGUUUAGGGAGGCUGGACACUUUGCCCGGGGGCCCUUUGCCGCCCGCUUCCAUGCACCCAGCACAGCUCCACCCCCACCCCCAGCCAUCAAGGACUUUGUGCUGCUCUCACAUCAUGCCAGCCCCCGGAACGCACCCCACGAGAUCCAUCAGCUCCACCGGGUCUGCCAGGAACUGAGCCAGCGCUGGGAAACCCAGAACGUGAUGGUUCUGGGGGACUUAAAUGCAGGGGGGCCCUAUGUUCCCCCCAGCGCUUGGGGGUCCAUCCAGCUGCGCUGGGAUCCCCGCUUCCACUGGCUGAUCAGCGAUGGCGUCGAUACCACAGUGCGAGCCCGGACCCACUGUGCAUAUGACAGGAUCGUGGUUCAGGGGGACGAGCUGCUCAGAGCCGUUGUGCCCGGCUCGGCCAAAGCGUACAACUUCACCAGGAGCCUAGGGCUGUCGGAAGAGGAGGCCCUGCAGGUCAGCGACCAUUACCCUGUGGAGGUGAACCUGCGCCUGGCCAGCCGGACCCCGCAGGAGCUGUGAGAGGACCUGCCUCCAGCCCCAUCCAGUGGGGGGCUCAAGCUGCCCCACAGCAGCCCCCAAGCCACAGCACCGGAGUUCAGUUACUCAGGGCC